UCCGCGCUUUCUGCCCGCCAGCUUUGGCGUGAGCGGGAGGAUGGAGAGCGGCGGAGAGGAGCCGCUCGAGAAGCAGCGCGUUCACCUGCGCCCAGCCUCGCUGCGGGACGCCGCCCCCGCCACGCUGCAUCUCCUGCCCUGCGAGGUCCUGGUGAGCAGGCCCGCCCCCGUGGAGCGCUUCUUCACGCCCGCCAUUCGCCAGGGUGGCGACGGACUCCAGGUGUCGUUUCGGGGCCGCAGUCUACGGGGCGAGGAGGUGGCCGUGCCGCCCGGCCUCGCGGGAUACGUGAUGGUCACGGAGAAAGGAGAAGGGCUGAUGGGGAAGCAGAACUCCUCGGGGCGUUCGGAGAACGUCGAAGAGGAGCAGGAGUCUCUAGAACGGGACUUCGAUCGCUUUAUCAGAGCCACCGGCAGUUUCAGCCGCUUCACCCUGUGGGGCCUGGAGUCCAUCCCUGGCCCGGAUGCCAAAGUGCAUGGGGCUCUGGCUUGGCCCAGCCUUGCUGCAGCGAUUCACAAGCAAGUGCCUGAGGACUGAGAACCAAAGCAUGGAAAUAAAAGCCAUAGAUCAUGCCACACCAGCCCACUAACAACAAGGUCACUUUGGAGCCCCAAUAAACGAAGUCUUCACAGCA